AUGAACGGGAAAAAUGGGGCAGGUGAUAAAAAUCAGUGUUCUCCUAGUACAUCAUGUGAGUCUACCACUGAAUCGUCAGAUAUGACCUCAAAGGAUUACUAUUUUGACUCAUACGCGCAUUUCGGAAUUCAUGAGGAAAUGCUGAAAGACGAAAUUAGAACACUCACCUAUCGCAGUGCUUUAAUUCACAACAAACACCUUGUAAGAGAUAAGGUAGUGCUUGAUGUAGGUUGUGGAACCGCCAUCCUCUGUUUGUUUGCAAUUAAAGCCGGAGCCAAGCAUGCUAUUGGAAUUGACUGUUCUAACAUUAUCGACCGGGCAAUGGAAGUCGUCCGAGCUAACAAUAUGGCGGACCGUAUCACUCUGAUCAAAGGAAAAGUAGAAGAAGUGGAACUACCUCCAGAAUACCCUAAAGUCGACAUAGUCAUAAGUGAAUGGAUGGGUUACUGUCUUUUUUACGAGUCAAUGUUGAAUACUGUUAUUUAUGCUAGAGACAAAUGGUUGGCACCUGGUGGGAUAAUUAUGCCUGAUCGUGCAACUCUGUAUGUGUGUGCUAUCGAAGAUAGACAGUACAAAGAUGAAAAAAUUAAUUGGUGGGACAGUGUGUACGGUUUCGACAUGAGUUGUAUAAGGAAAGUUGCACUUACAGAACCUUUGGUUGAUGUUGUUGAUCCUAACCAGGUUGUGACUAAUUGCUGUUUAGUCAAGGAAGUGGACAUGUACACUAUCACAGUCCCCGAGUUAACGUUCAGUGCACCAUUUACACUUACCUGCAAAAGAAAUGAUUAUAUUCAAGCCUUGGUUACGUUUUUCAAUAUAGACUUCACUUCUUGCCAUAAACCUACAGGAUUUUCAACAGGUCCUGAUGAGCGCCGCUACACACAUUGGAAACAAACAGUUUUUUAUCUUGAUAAUGGUGAUGACGACUGUCUAACUGUCAAGAAAGGAGAACAAAUUAAUGGUGUGAUGUCUAUUAAGCCGAAUGAACGAAAUAACCGUGAUCUUGAUAUCAACAUCAAAGUAGAAUUCGAGGGAGAACUUUCGUCGAUCGACACAACGUUUAACUAUCGUAUGCGCUGA